AUGGUCAUCGCUGGCUUCCGAUGGCGUAUUUUGGAAACUUUCUCCAUCAGGGAGAGUGUGUGUGUUUGCUUCUCCUUCACCGUGUCUUCCCACAAGACUUUCAGGAUCAAGAGGUUCCUGGUCAAGAAACAAAAGCAGAAUCGGCCCAUUCCCCAAUGGAUUCGGAUGAAAACUGGUAAUAAAAUCAGGUACAACUCGAAGAGGAGACAUUGGAGAAGAACCAAACUGGGCCUAUGAGAAAUCACACAUGAGAGAUGACUCACAUAUUUAUGCUGUAUCCAGGUUGCCUA